AUGCCAACAACUUGGACUGUCAGACUGCAUUGCUUAGGGCUGCUGAACACCUCAUCUGCUCUAUUUAUACGCGCACUAAUCCUGAAUCGGUUUAGUGGGAUCGAAGAACUUGAGAUGUCGACAGAUCGUGACAUCCAUUCAAAUGCGAUUAUGGCGCCCUUGACCUUCGUGACCGGGAAUCCUAAUAAGGUGAUUGAAGUCAAUGCCAUCGUAAGCAAGACAAUCUCCAUUCAGCCCCUUGCGCUUGACAUCCCCGAAAUACAAGGGACAUUGGAAGAGAUCGCGACGGACAAAUGUCGACGCGCCUCUCAUAUUAAUGGACCUGUUUUGAUUGAAGACUCAGCCUUGGAGUUCCGGGCUAUGAAAGGGCUUCCUGGUCCUUACAUUAAAUACUUCCUGGAAUCAUUGGGAAAUGAUGGACUGAACAAGUUGUUGGAUCCUUAUGAAGACAAACACGCAGAGGCUGUAUGCACAUUUGCAUUUUCUUCAGGCCCAGACAUGGAUCCACUGGUCUUUCAGGGGAGAUUAGAGGGCAACAUUGUUCCAGCCCGUGGCCCACCAGUAUUUGGAUGGGAGCCUAUAUUCGAACAUAACGGAGAAACUUUGGCUGAAAUGGAGCAUGAUAAAAAGGUAGAUAUCCUAAUCUGA